GUGACCGAUCAGCAGACAGGAGUGUGUAAACAUUAGCACGUGCUUAGAGCUCAGCAGUAAACUGAACCUUGUACCCUCAGUUAGUUAUUUAGUCGCUGUUUAUGACAGAUGUACGAGUCUGUGCUGCUGCAGAGUUCCAAAUGUCUGCGUUAAAGUUUGGCGCGAAUAUUUCAUGGCUCUUCACCGAGUUCCCGGAGAUCACGCGCCGAUUGCGCGCCGCCGCGUCUGCGGGCUUUCAGGCGGUCGAAGCGGCGUGGAUCUACGACACAGACAUCACGGAGCUAAAGAGAGUUAAAGAUGAGACAGGACUCGAGUUUGUGCUUAUAAACACACCACCGGGAGAUUUAAAGAACGGAGAUUUGGGAUUGGGUGCCGUUCCCGGGAGAGAGCAGGAAUUCAGACGAGGUUUGGAUCUGGCAGUAGAGUACGCUAAAGCCCUGGACUGCAGCAGGAUCCACUUGAUGGCCGGGAGAGUGCCUGCGGAGGUGGACCGCACCGCUGUUGCCAUGGAGAUGGAGGACACCUUUGUGCAGAACCUGAAACAUGCGGCAGGUGUCCUCUCAAAGGAAAAAAUUCUUGGAUUGAUUGAGCCGAUCAACACUCGGAUAACAGAUGCGCGAUAUUUCCUCGACUCGCCACAUCAAGCCGCUGGGAUUCUACAGAAAGUCGGUCACCCCAACAUCAAACUACAAAUGGACAUCUAUCAUUGGCAGAUCAUGGAUGGCAACUUAACACAAAAUAUACGGAAAUAUUUACCAAUGACAGGUCACAUCCAGAUCGCUCAAGUCCCUGACCGUCAUGAACCAGACAGCGAUGGAGAGCUGAAUUUCUCGUAUCUUUUUAAACUGCUGGAGGAACUGGACUAUCAGGGUUAUAUCGGAUGUGAAUACAAACCCCAGCGCUCCACAGAGGCGGGUCUGGACUGGGUCAGAAGAUACUGGACCAGCCACAAGGAUCUGUGAACUUUCAGUCGGAGCGUUUGUGUUUCCUAUUUGACACCUUGUAUAAAAAUGACAUGAUCUUCAUUUACUCAAGACAUAAAAGUGAAUGGCAAAUUUCCACUUUUGACACUCUCACCCAUAUCAAACAUAACAUAAAGCACUGGACAUAAAAUCACAUUUUAACUUAAGAUUUACUGUUACAAAUCUAUCUGUAUAUACAGCAUGUACAUAUUCAAUGAAUUACUUUCACCUGAACGUUUCACAUCAGUGUUUGUACAUCAUGAGUCCAGUGUGCUUACAGAAAACAAUAAAAUACAUCUCUUCAUUCA